AAUGUCACAUUGUACGCUGAACCACGCACAUGCACCUGCCAACAUGCAGGCCAUGUGGCUGUUCUACACCCACACCUCCUUGAAGUAGGCAUAUGCAGCCUGAUUCUCUAACUCUCAGUCGUUCCUUCAACUCACUACUUAGCUUGACUGGCUCUUGCACUUCCUCUCCCUAAAGCAUACACCAGUUGAUCCAAUCUCUCCUGCUCUUUGGCAUCAUCUUGAAACUAUGACUACGUCACUGACGGACUACCAAUGCCAGGCUCUUUCAGCAACCGACUCCAUACGUCUCUUCAGCAUCUCGCGAGAUGACAGUUAUCCCCACGGCCUCUGCCUCUCGCUCAAAGAGGUGAACUUGGAUGAUGAGCCAGUCUUUGCGGCGCUGUCCUACACCUGGCAGCUACCCAAGUACAGUAACAUUCAGGAUGCCCAAGAGCCUGGGCCGGGAAGGACAUUUGAAGUGAUCUGCGACGGCAAAGUGAUGCAGAUAUCUGAGAAUGUGUUCGACUUCCUCCGCACUAUCCUUGAUUUUCGUUGUCGAUCAACAGAUCAAUCAUCUUCAGCGACUCGCAAAUGUCCGCCCAAAGUUAGGUCCGCACUGGACACGAUGCCACUCUGAAUAGACGCAUUCUGCAUCGAUCAGGCCAACACAUGUUCCCGUUGGGCCACGUCAUGG